AGAAACCAUUAACACAUGAUUGAUUGUAUGGGAAGCUUCUACUCCAUCAACAUUAAACAUACAAUAAAUAAAACUUCAAGGGUGUAUCAAGUUUACUCCAGUUCUAUAAGAUGAUAGCAUUGUAGCAAACAGCUCUGAUUUUUGUGUAUCGAUCACACAGGAAAAGAUGGAGCUUUUGGGUGAAAAUUUUGAAGUAGUGGAGUGGAAAUUGGAAGAUGAUGAGCUGAAGGGCGGGGAGAAGAGCAGCACUUCAAGUUCUACCCUUUUUGAGUCAGAAGCAACUGGAAAUGAUGAAGUGCACAGUAGCUCUGAAGAUUCAUCGUCAUUGCCCUCUUUUUAUGAUAGGAAGCUGGAAAAACAAGGGUCAUUUUCACCUGAGGUUGAGAUGCUUAAGGAAACAUUCUCCAAAUUGAUCCUCGGACAAGAUAUGUUAGGUGGUGGAGAUGGCGUUUCUGCAGCAUUGGCUGUUUCUAAUGCCAUCACUGAUCUUUCUGCAACAAUUUUUGGGAAAAUCUGUAGACUAGAGCCUUUGACCUCUAAGAAGAAGUUAACAUGGAAGAGAAAAAUGGAAUGGCUUCUUAGCGUUAGCGAUUACAUUGUUGAAUUCAGUCCAUCCUUGCAAACAUUCCCAGAUGGAUCCAAACGAGAGGUCAUGACCUCUAGACCAAGGCAAGAUCUUUACGUCAACCUCCCCGCGCUUCUCAAGCUUGACAAUAUGAUCAUUGAUAUCCUUGAUAGCUUAGAACCAACAGAGUUCUGGUAUGUUGAUCAAGAAGGUAUUGUAGCAGCCUCAGAGAGUCCACCAAAGGAGAAAUGGUGGUUGCCCGUUCCUCGUGUCCCCACGUGUGGUCUUAGCGGGAAUGCAAGAAAGCAGUUACAGCACAUCAGGAAUUGCAUAAGUCAGAUCCUGAAUGCAGCAAUGGCUAUAAACUCUGGCACUCUAGCUGAAAUGGAAGUGCCAGAGACAUAUUUUGAGGUUCUUACUAAGAAUGGCUAUGCAAACUUAGAUGAGCUUAUCAAUGGAUGCAACUUCUCGGAUCAAUGGUCACCUGAGUCUUUUCUUGACUGCCUAAAUUUGUCCUCCCAAAAUCGGGCUUUCGAGAUUGCAAACCAGUUGGAGGCGUCGAUACACGUUUGGCGCCAAAAAACUAACUCAAAGAAUAUGAAGCUCUCGUGGGAAAUGGUGAAGGAGUUGGUGGUUGAUGCAAACAAGAGAGAGGUGUUUGCAUAUAGGGCUGAAAGUCUUCUCAUCUGCUUGAAGAAACGGUUUCCAGGGCUUCCUCAGACAACACUAAACAUGAGUAAAAUCCAGCAUAACAAGGAUAUUGGCAAAUCUAUACUAGAGAGCUAUUCACGAGUUGUGCAAAGUUUGGCUUUUAAUAUCACAGUACGGAUUGAUGAUCUUCUUCAUGUGGAUGACUUGACUAAGCAUUCAGACCGAUUCAUGCCCGCAUGCAACAAAAGCCCGAGGAAAUCUUUGACUGAUUAUUUGACCAUGGAUUCCAAGGGAAAUCAGAUUAGUGGUGAUCUGAGGAGCAUUGAGACCCAUUCAUGCAUUUAUGAGGAAGUGAUAGCAACUGAAGAUGAACUCAAUACUUUGUAUUCUUGUAUAUAGUGACUUUCUUGUCACUCAAACAAGAUUUAUCAUGACUAAUGAUAAUAUAGUUGAAGAUAACAACAUUUAAAGAUCCAGCAUGCGGUUAAAAUUAUCAAACUUUAUUAUCUGAUAAAGUAGAGGUAAAUUCAUAGUCUUACUAUAUUACAAGGGGGUCAAAAGGUU